UGACGUCGCCGUGCGUGCGUGUGACGUCAGCGCGUCAGCUGGUUUAUGUUUACAUCGCAUCAGUUUUUUCGCAGUCAAGUUAGGCGUUAUUGUGGCCGGAUCCAAACACAUGACACACGCGUUCAUGCGAUCGAUGGACAUUGUUGGUGUGCGCCAGACAGCCGCUGCGGUCCGGGAUCACACGACAGUGAUAGGCACACCUCAGGACUGUCCUUAGAAGCUCUUCUGCUCUCAUCAUGGGCGGAGCUGUGAGUGCGGGCGAGGACAACGACGAGCUGAUCGACAACCUGAAAGAGGCCCACUACAUCCGCUCAGAUCUGGUGGAGAAGGCCUUCAGGGCCAUCGACAGAGCAGACUAUUACCUGGAGGACUAUCGUGACAGCGCUUAUAAAGACCUGGCCUGGAGGCAUGGGAACCUCCAUCUGUCUGCUCCAUGUAUCUACUCGGAGGUGAUGGAGGCCUUGGAUCUGCAGCCUGGCCUGUCCUUUCUCAACCUGGGCAGUGGGACGGGUUAUCUCAGCACAAUGGUGGGCCUUAUACUGGGUCCGUUCGGUGUGAAUCACGGUGUGGAGCUGCAUGCGGAUGUGGUUGAUUAUGCAUAUCAGAAACUCGACUACUUCAUCAAAACCAGCGACAGCUUUGACAAGUUUGAGUUCUGUGAGCCGACCUUUGUGGUGGGGAACUGUCUGGAGAUCCCUCCGGAGAGUCGGCAGUACGACCGGGUGUACUGUGGUGCAGGAGUUCAGAAGGAGUACGAGAACUACAUGAAGAACCUGCUAAAGGUCGGCGGGAUCCUAGUUCUCCCCCUGGAGGAGAAGUUGACCAAGAUCACGCGCACAGGUCAGAGCUCCUGGGAGACCAAGAAAAUCAUCGCUGUGACCUUUGCCCCGCUCGUCCAGCCCAAACAGAAUGUCAAUGGCAGACCUAAGAGUGUUCCUUUACCCAUUUUUGAGGUGCGGACGUUGCAGGACCUGUGCCGGAUUGCUAUUCGCCACACUCUCCGGCAGCCCAUAGCGAUGGGGGAAGGACGCACGAAGAGACGGGUGUCUUUCCCAGGGGCCCGGGCCAUGCACCGCUACGGGCCCCGCUUCGAACGCCGCCGCUUCUGUCGCCGCUUCUACCGCCAGUGCGUCAACUCCAUGGUUCUCCACGACUCCAUGAUUCCCACAGCCAUGGACGACUGCAACUACCCCGGAGGAGUUGAAGAGGAAGAAGAGGAAGCGGAGGAGGAAGAGGAAAGGGCUUGCCGCCGAGUGAGAGAAGACCUGCCCGAGGAGGACGAGGAGGAAUGCUCCGGCAACGAAGAGGAGAAAAACAAAGGCGGCUGCGCUCGUGUGGAGCCUCCCGUUAAUAUUCUGAGGGAGAAGAUCCUAAGACUCCCGUUACCUGAACCCCUGAAGAUGUAUCUGCUGUAUUACAGGGAGAAAUGAGAGAUGAUACGGGCGGUGUAGCGCUAAGACGAUUAGACGUGAAGAAAAGCCUUUCUCUUCUUCCUUCUCCUCCUCCUCCUCCUCCUCUCCAACUGGAUUAGCAUGACAAUUAAGUCCUCGAUUAACGACAUCACGAUAUCCAUAUCCCUUUGAGAAGCAAAGCUCCUUUAUUUGGGAUGUACAGAUGGAACCGAAGCUCAUUUCCUGAAUGAUCAACAUCGCCUGAGCUUUUUUAAUUCGGUGUUCCCCUCGAUCGAGAUGAUCAGACCUACGACACAUUGUCCCUGUGGGAAUGGCUUGUUGCUGUGAGCUCUUUUAGAGUAGCAUCACUUUAGGAUGUGGUGUAGUUUGACAUGGUGGAUUGAAUAUUUUUCUAUAGCUUUAAGGUGCAGUCACAUUUACCAUCGCUUGGCGAGAUCCAGUCAUCUUGAAAAGUUCCUCGCGCAGAUUUCGCUUGCGUCAGUGUCGGUCACGUGAAUCCGCCGCGUUGACCAGAAGAAAGCUGCUUGGUAUGAAAGUGGCUUCUGUGUGAGCUGUGCUUCAGGCAUCUCUACUUUAUUGACAUUGGACAUUUUGGGGGGUUUUUUUUUUUGCCUGCGAAAUUUUGCUAAUGUGACUGCACCUUCACACAAGCCGGCCCUCCACUGUUGAACUCUUUUCCUUGCCUUUACUGUGUUCUCCAAAGUACUGAAUAUCGCCUGCAUGUGUACUGCCCUGGUGCACCCACAUUUUGUCAAUAUUGGAGUUUGUGGUUAUGUACUUUUGAUUACCAUCGCUGGUAGCAUUACAUUUGACACAGAAUUGAACGCGUUUCUGCACCCGGGAAUCAUCAUCAUCAGUCACUUACGUUUUCAUUGCGUCAGAUCGCAAGCUUUACAAUUAUAUUGUAAAGGUCGUGUGAAAAUCAAGAGAAAUAUUUUUAGUGAAAUUCUAUUUAUUGGUAAUCACCAAAUUUUGUUUUCGUCAGGUAAAUGAAGCACUUUCACAAAUUCCAGUCAUUGUGCUCAGAAUCUUUGGCCCGACUCAGGAAUACUUUAGGAAAAUGUUUUGAUAUUUUUUUUAACUCCUUCAGACUGAUCCUCAAAAAACAAAGACCAAAAUUGUAGGACCUUUCUAUUUUUUUGACCAAAAGUUUUGGAAAUUAUCUUUUGCUUUGUAUGUCACAGUGGUGGUAAAGCAGCCUCUGCACAGGAGGACUAUUCUGAGCAUACAAUGGUUGGAUCUGGCGAUCCUGUGAUUUCUACACAAUUCUUCAGCGCAGGAGCGUUUCUCUUUAGUUCCCAUUGAUGAUUGUGUGCUUGUAGAUAACAGAAACUUCAAUAAAGUUUGAGUUUGCACACUGGAAAGACACAUUUCUUUCAUUUGAUCAGUGUAUCGUACUUGCCAUAUGUAAUUGAAGUUCCAAGACUUUUAAACGAUUUCAUUAAGUGUAAAUCUUACAUCAUUUUGAAGGCUCGCGUUUAUCGCAGAUGUUGUAGAUUAUGAAGACGUUUAGCUAAAAAGCCAAUCACACACCCUUUCACCUUCAGUGAUCCUUAUUCUUCAGAUGUAACAUGCUACAUUACUUGUGUGCGUAUAUUAAACAUAAUAAAAAAAUCAA